CCAGAGUGACGUCAGUGGGCAAGCCACGCCUCUCAAGAGCGCUGCAACCGGAAAAUACUCAUUGGUUGAGGAAUGCAGGGACGUUAAGCUGAGCGGUCAGUUGAAGUCAGCGAAUCAUGGCUGGCUUCAGACAGGAGGAUGUGGAGCUUUUCUACGUAAUGGGAGAGGAGUUAGGAAGUGGACAGUUUGCCAUCGUGCGCAAAUGUAAAGAAAAGAGCUCUGGAACAGAAUACGCUGCCAAGUUUAUCAAGAAGAGACGGCUGUCUUCCAGCCGACGGGGCGUGAGCAGAGAGGAGAUCGAGCGAGAGGUGAACAUCCUCCGAGAGAUCCAGCACAGCAACAUCAUCACCCUCCACGACAUCUUUGAGAACAAGACGGAUGUGAUCCUGAUCCUUGAGCUGGUGUCUGGAGGGGAACUCUUUGACUUCCUGGCUGAGAAGGAGUCGCUGACGGAGGAAGAGGCCACACAGUUUCUCAAGCAGAUCCUGGAUGGAGUGCACUACCUCCACUCCAAACGCAUAGCGCACUUUGACCUGAAGCCUGAGAACAUAAUGCUGCUGGAUAAGAACGUUCCAAACCCCAGAAUUAAGCUGAUAGAUUUUGGAAUUGCGCAUCAGAUUAAAGAUGGAAAUGAAUUUAAAAACAUCUUUGGAACACCUGAGUUUGUCGCGCCGGAAAUUGUAAAUUAUGAGCCCCUUGGUUUAGAGGCAGACAUGUGGAGCAUUGGUGUUAUCACAUAUAUACUUUUGAGUGGUGCUUCUCCAUUUCUUGGUGAGACCAAACAAGAAACGCUCACCAACAUCUCAGCUGUCAACUAUGACUUUGAUGAAGAGUACUUCAGCAACACGAGCGAGCUUGCUAAGGACUUCAUUCGCCGACUGCUGGUCAAGGAUCCUAAGAAGAGAAUGACCAUUACUGACAGUCUCCAGCAUCCCUGGAUCAAGGUCAUUAAGAGGCGUAACGUGAGGCCAGAGAGCGAGAACAAGCCAGAGCGCAGACGUCUGAAGACCACACGUCUCAAAGAGUACACCAUUAAAUCCCACUCCAGCAUGCCUCCCAACAACACCUACAUCAACUUCGAGCGCUUCUCCAUGGUCAUGGAGGAGAUAGCUGUGGCCGAGGACGGCCUGCGAGAGCUUGAGAAGAACCAGCGCUCCUGCAGGGAAGAUGUGGCCGCUCUGCUCUCCAUCUACGAGGAGAAGGAGAGCUGGUACAAAGAGGAAAACGAGAGCAUCGCCACAGAUCUCAAUCACAUCAAACUGGAGCUGCAGAAAGCGCAAACCCUGCGCAGACAGAGCCAAGAAGACGCCCGCGCCGCCAUGCUGUCGGCCAACGCCCUCAAACGCAAGUUUAGCCGGCUAGAGAACCGAUUCGAGGUCCUGGCUGAGCAGAUGGGCUCCGAGGUGCGCUGGGUGGAAGAGCUGGUGCGCUCGAUUUCUGCUGAGAACGACGCUCGCAGCACCGGCAUGGCAUGAGCAACUCUUUGCAUUCUUAACGCAAAAUUAUCUAAUAUCUUCGCUUGGGCAGAUUUAGAGUAUUAAGGGCAGUAAGCUUCAUGCCUUUAGGGUUUACAUGCAUCAGGAGCUAGCAAUGCAAAAUGUAUUACUUGAGGUUAAAGUGAUAGUUCACCCAAGAAUAAAAAUUCUGUCAUUUACUCACACUUUUGUCAUUUCAACCUGUAUGACUUUCUCUCUUCAGCAAAACACAAUAGAAGAUAUUUUGAAGAAGAGGUCCAGUGCUGUUCGGUUACCAACUUCCUUCAAAAUAUCCUCUUUCAUGUUCUGCGGAAGAAAGAAAGUCAUAAAGGUUUGAAAUGACAAGAGGCUGAGUAAACAAUGACAGAAUUUAAAUUUUUGGAUGAACUAUCACUUCAAGUGUAAGCAUUUGCCUGUGUGUUGCAAUAGUCGCAUGUGAUGCCAGGCUGUUGCCAAUGCAUUGCAGUUGUAUUUAAAAAGAUGUGCCAGUAAGCAUUAGCACACUCGACUACUAUUGCAGCAUUACAAAUAGCACUUGAAGUAAAUGUACAUUGUGAAUAAUGCACUACACAUUCCUCUAUGAGGAGUAAAGAAUCUCAAUUGCCUCCAUUGUGCUGCAGUCGCUUUUAUUGGGAUGUGCGUCCGAUGCAAAGCUCUGUUCCACCGAUGCAACACAAAUGCUAAUUUUAUGCAAUAGAAGGUGCUGGGAAACUGCUUUAUUAUUUAAUAUAAUACUCUGCUUAAAUCAUUUACAUCAUGCUGUUAUUUUACAUAUAAGUACUUUUUUUGUAUAUAACACACACUUCAAACAUUCCAUUUGUCUCGCAUGACAUUCCACGUGCAGAUGAGUGUCAGUAACAUGACGUCAAGCUCAUUUGUACAGUACAAGGUUCAUAUCAGUUUGCUUAUAGUACUGUACUCUCAUUAUUUGUUUUAUUUACAAAUAUAAUAUUAUAUAUGCAAAUAAAAGAAUUGAAGAAUAUG